AUGCUCGUAACCAUCACAGGCACCGCGUGAUGCUAUUUUUAGAAACACAUUUGCCAUAGUUUUAUUUGCAAAAGCUGGAUUGAAUUUGUCUGUCUGUCCAAGAGUUAUCCAUGAUGCUUUUCACAUUCAAUUUUCCCAGAAUUCCUUACGCACCUUGAAGGUUUGAUAACAAAAAUACAAUAACAGGCGCCAAAGGAUAGGUAUUUUACAGCAUUUCUUCAAAAUAAUAUAUUAUCAUAAAGGAGAGUCAUAAUAUAAGGAUAACCCCUGGUAUAUCUUUCAUACACGAUGUGCCAAUUUUUUUAAAAAUUGAGCCAGUUUUCAGAAUGCCGUCCGGCGACUCGAGGAAGGACUUUAUUUUACAAACAACURCAAAUUAUUUCGGUAUUGCUGCCUCCGACGCCGCUCUAGAGAAGAUAUUUGACUCCAAGGAAAUAAAUGCCUUCUUAGACGAUGGAAACAGCCCUGUUCUAGCUGCUAGAUACGAUACACAUCAAGGAAAGAAGUCUAUCGAAGUAUUCAAUCAUGUUGAACCGAGUGAUUCAGCCGAGAAAGUCCUCGUAUUCUUCAAACUUCAACCAGAAGUCAUAACACCAGACACAGUUCACCAGAAUGUUUUCGUUUCUUCCAUGCUUGACUCCCCAAUUAAUACUCUAUACCACUCAGUCCAGAAGAUUUUUGCACCUUUACUUUUGAAAGACGAAAAAUGGAGUCAAAAUUUUGACCCGAAGUUGCAGAGUUUGUUGAGUGAGCUCGAGGCAGGGUUGGGUAGUGUGGUCAGGAAACAGGAUAAAAACGUGCCCAAAUCUAGUCAAAGUGGUGACCAAGAUAGCCUAGGAGGAAUACUAACACCACAAGAUGAGAUUCAAUACUGGGCUGAUGCUUCUAUAUCGGGGUAUGAUUUGUCAGAACGAGAGCGAGCAGCGUUUUUUCAAGAAUGUUUUCAGAAAGGUAAUGUUUCCCAGGACUUUUCCAAUCUUAAUGGACUGGACCUGGACGAGGUUUUGGAGCUUAUAGAAUCAACACAAGAUGCAUUGGAUGAGAUAUGGAAGCAAGAAGACCACAAACCUUWUCCAGAAUCCAGAAUGAAGCAUUUACUGGAGGUUAUUGCUGGUGCAUUGGGUCGCUAYGUUCAACACAAACUUGGCACCCUUGAUAUUUGGCAGGGCUCUUUCCAGCAUGUCAAGGAUGCUAUGAAAAAAGGUGUAUCUGUAGGGGAGAGGUGGGUUUCUACUUGUGAGACACUGACAGYGCAGUACUGGAAGCGAUUCCCUUCUCACCCAUGGAGAGAUGAAAAGUUUGUGCCAGAACGCCUUUCCUUAUUGGCAGUGAGACUUGAAGAGGUUCUGACAUUGAGGACUGUCCAUGAGCAACUAGUACGCUUACUAUCCCAGGCUGAAAGGCAACAACUUCGCACAUCUGAUGCUUUCAAGCCAUUUACUGGACUUAACCCCCUGCAUCAGAACCCUUAUACUGAACCAUUAUGGAGGGCAGCAGUAGGGCAGUAUGAGAGAGGCAUGGGACCUGCUGAACAGAAAAUUGCUGGUAAACUAAGACAACAAUUCCGAGACUUAUCGGCACAAUCUCAUCAGUUGUUAAGAGAGUUUCAGAGGUACAAAGAAUUGGUGAAGAGGCCAAGCAUAAGCAAAGAAUUAGCCCCAGAAAGGGAAACAUUACUUGGCCAGCUGACAGUAUAUGUUAAAGGAAUCAGAGAUGAUUAUGUGUCUAAAACACAGCAGUCAUAUUCUGGUAGCAAGGAAGGUGGUCCACCAAAAGGGAAGAACAUGCCUGAGAUUGUCAACAAUAUUGUGUGGGUUAGACAGUUAGAAGCUAAGGUAAAGGACACUCUUAGCACUGCAGAAAACUUGCUGGGUGAUCUGUCUGGUUUUCGUGGGUUUAGAAGAGAAGCUGUUGAUCUUCUAGAAGAACUGGAAACAUACACUAGAGACCAGUUUGAGAGCUGGUCAUCUGAGAUGUUAUCACUCAUAGAUGACCCAAAAGAACCUCUCAGUUUGCAAACAAGUGGUCGUCUCAUGGAGUUGGGUCACAAAGAUGGUAAACUGAGGGUUCAUUAUGGUGAUAGACUAGUUACCCUAAUGCGUGAAGUUAGACAGCUCAGUGCUUUGGGUUUUGUAGUUCCGGCUAAGAUUCAACACACCUCUAACAUUGCCAGCAAGUUCUACAGACAUGGGAUGGUUUUGAAACAGGUUGCACAUUUUUACAACACUAUUGACCAGCAGAUGAUUCCAAGCCAACAGUCCAUGAUGUUAGAUUCUGCUCUGGCAUUUGAAAAGCUCAUCAAGAACCCUAAACAAGGCUCAAAAGAUUCCUCAGGGAAGGUUCAGGUCACUUGGGACAACCCCUCUGAGUUAGAGGCCUAUAUUGACAAACUCCAAGCUGCGGCAGACCGCUUGACAUCAGAAAACAGAAGGCUAAGAAAAUGUCAUUACAAUAUAAGUGAUAAGGUAGUGCAGUUGAUGAGUAUUGACCUGUUAAGGCAACAGCCACGCUGGAAGGAAUACCUGGUUGAGUUCCGUGAUAUUAUGGCAUCUCUUGUGCAACAUGGAUUUAAGGCAGGCAACAUGAUGACAUGGAAGAUACAUUGGGAUCGACAGCUGUACAAAGCAUUGGAACAUCAGUAUCAAAUGGGAUUAGAAGCACUGAAUGAAAAUCUUCCAGAAAUAAAAGUAGAACUUGUAUUUAGACAACAAAAGCUUCAGUUCCGUCCCCCACUAGAAGAGAUUCGUGCCAAGUACUACCGUGAAAUGCGUAAAUUCAUCUCGACCCCCCAUCACUUCCGUGGUGUUGGCGAAGACACAUCAGUCUUUCCCUUGAUGAUCAAUCACAAUGCUUCUGGCUUCAACACGGUCUACUCUAAAGCUGAAGAUCUCUUCCAAAGACUAGUAGCAGUACAAGACCAAUUUCAAGAUUGGGUGGUGCUUGGUACAAUAGACUUGGAACAGCUGGUUGAAAAGAAUCUACACGUUGUACCUGACUGGGAGAGGAACUUUAGAGCUUUGAAGGCCAGGGGCAGAGAAGCAGAAAAACUACCAAUGACAGUGAAGGUGGAUUGCAUUACUGUGUCUACAUCACCGGUCAAGUCAACCAUUGAUGAUCACAUUCAGCAGUUAUUUGACGCACUACUCAACUCACUGCGUCGCUCUAUCAUCAAUGAUGUUCAAACCAUCGACACGUUCCUUACAUCUGGUAUGGAAUCCCUGUCCACAAGGCCACAGACUGUGGAAGAGAUCGGUGAAGCUAAUCUGAAACAUUCUGAAUUGUCGCAGCAGAAACCCCAGAUUCAACCUCUGUUUGAGAAAGUAGAAUCCAAGCACAAGUUACUUAGGUCUGUGGCUGGUGGAGGCGUGGAGCAAAUAGGCCCACUACAGGCAAGAUGGGACAAGUUUGAGUUGAUGAUGGAGAGCCAUGAACUAAUGGUCAAGGAGCAGGUUGAAGUGAUGAAGAGCAACGUAGAGUCCCGAGUGCAGGCCUUCCAGCAGGAACUAGAAAAGUUCAGUGCCAGGUGGCAUCAACUAAAACCAAAAGACAUGGAUAUCGAUAGUGAUGCACAUGCAUGUAAGGCUGCAGUCAGCUCUGUUAAAGACAGAAAAUCUGAGUUUGUUGAAUUAGAGGAGACAAUGAACAAACUGAUUUUCGACUGCAGUCAUUUUGGUGUCCCUGAGCCCAGUUUUCCAGUAGCAGAAGAGUUAAAGCAGGAUAUUGCUGUGAAUGAGGCAAUGUGGCAGAUAUAUGAAGAUUUCAGUAACGGCCUUGAAGAACUUGCUAAGGAGGACUGGAUUUCAUUUAGGUCCCGUGCCUUCCAGUUUGACGAAUUCCUAACAGUUUGGUCUGAAACACUACGAACGAAAGAACCUACAGUAAUGACAGUACGCUUGCAGAAAGAUGUGGAAAAGUACAAGAACGUGGUUCCACUUUUAAAGUAUGUUCGUGGCGAAGCACUAUCCCAGGAUCAUUGGUUGGAACUCUUCAGGCUUCUCAAGAUGCCAAAAGGUACCACCCUAGAGAAGUUGACGUUUGGAAAUGUGCUGGAGGCCGCUGACCUUAUUGUGACGCAUGCUGAAGCACUCAAGGAGUUAAAUAGCCGUGCUCAAGGUGAAGUGUCGAUCCGUGAGGCGUUACGUGAGCUAGAGUUAUGGGGAGCUGGGGCUGUCUUUGCUUUGACGUCCUACGUUGAUUCAUCAGAGAAAGAACUCUCUAUUAUCAAGGAUUGGAAGGACUUAGUUAACCAAGUGGGUGACAAUCAGUGUCUGCUACAGUCCCUCAAAGACUCACCCUACUACAAAGGAUUCGAAGACAAGGCGUCCAUCUGGGAGACCCGUUUGGCAGAUCUUGAUGAAUAUCUGCACAACCUCAAUCAGAUACAGAGGAAAUGGGUGUACUUGGAACCUAUAUUUGGGCGAGGCGCUCUACCUCGCGAACAGGGACGAUUCCAGAGGGUGAAUGACGAUUUCAGGUCAAUAAUGGCAGACAUCGUCAAUGACAACCGUGUUGUAUCAUUGGUUGGUCGUUCAGGCAUCAGGAACGUCCUGGUUACUUUGCUAGAUCAGUUACAGCGUUGUCAAAAAUCACUCAAUGAGUUCUUGGAGGAAAAAAGAUCCAUGUUUCCACGGUUCUAUUUCAUUGGUGAUGAUGAUUUACUAGAAAUCCUCGGCCAGGCCACCAACCCAACAGUCAUCCAGUCUCACCUCAAGAAGUUGUUUGCUGGUAUACAUAAUGUAACCUUUGAUGAAGGCAACAAGGUCAUCAUAGCUAUGAUGUCUAUUGAAGGUGAACUUGUACCUUUGAAGAGGCCUGUUACUAUCACUCCUGAAGUAGAGGUGUGGCUAGAUCUCUUGGCAAAGGAGAUGAAAGACACGCUAAGCGAAUUGCUUGAGGAAUGUCUUCAGAUUGGUAAGAAAGGAGGUAGUGCUGGAGUCAAUCCUGCCGACUUCCCUUCACAGAUUCUAUGCCUGGCCGAACAGAUCCAGUUCACAGAACGAUGUGAAGCAGCAAUCAAAAGCAACAGCCUCCAAGAGUUCCAGAUCGAAAUGGAAUCUCAACUGGAGUCAUACACGAGUGCAGAGAUUGGAUCGGGUGACGCAGGGGACACUAAGGCUCAUGUCUUAGAGCUAAAGCUAAAGGCGCUGAUAUUAGACGCUAUACAUGCUAUUGAUGUAGUGCAACAGCUGAUCAAGAGCUCGGUCAAGACACUGGAUGACUGGGUGUGGCAGAAACAACUACGAUUUUACAUGCAUAAACGAUCAUGCCUCAUUCGUAUGUGUGAUGCUGAGUUUCACUACACUUACGAGUACCAGGGCAACGCACCUAAGCUAGUGCACACCCCCCUGACUGAUAAGUGUUACCUUACUCUUACACAAGGAAUGCACAUGGGUCUGGGGGGGAACCCUUAUGGUCCUGCAGGUACUGGUAAAACAGAAUCAGUUAAAGCUCUUGGAGGUCUGUUUGGGAGACAGGUUCUUGUGUUUAACUGCGACGAGGGUAUUGAUGUCAAAUCUAUGGGUCGUAUAUUCAUCGGCUUGGUCAAGUGUGGUGCCUGGGGCUGCUUCGAUGAGUUCAAUCGUCUAGAGGAAGCAGUCCUGUCAGCCGUCUCUAUGCAGAUACAAACCAUUCAAGCUGCACUUAAAUCCAAACUCGAAAGUACUGAGCUUCUAGGAASAACGGUUGACAUCGACUUCAAUUCUGGUAUCUUUAUCACCCUCAACCCGGCAGGAAAGGGUUAUGGUGGCCGUCAAAAGCUGCCCGAUAAUUUAAAGCAGUUGUUUCGACCCGUUGCCAUGUCUCGUCCUGAUAAUGAGCUCAUCGCUGAAGUCAUUAUGUUCUCUGAGGGAUUUAAAGAAGCCAAGAGUCUUGGUAGAAAACUAGUGGCAAUUUUCAACUUGUCAAAGGAGCUUCUUUCACGUCAGCAACACUAUGACUGGGGUCUGCGUGCUUUGAAGACUGUGUUACGAGGCUGUGGUAAUCUAUUACAAGCACAGAAACAGGCCGGCAAUAAAGUGGAUAUUACCGUUGAGACCAGUGUCGUAGUACAAGCACUUCGGGUAAAUACCCUCUCUAAGCUCACUUUUGCCGACUCCAAGAGAUUUGAUGCCUUGGUACUCGACGUCUUCCCAGGGGUAGACGUCAAGGGUGUGGAAUAUGAACAGCUAGCAGAAGCACUAAGAGCUGCCGCUCAAGAGAGUAAUUUGGUUGUCAUGGAAGCACAAGUCAAGAAAGCCCUUGAACUGUAUGAGCAGUUAAAACAACGGAUGGGCGUGGUUAUUAUUGGACCUUCAGGGUCUGGUAAGAGUACCAUCUGGAAGAUCUUAAGGAUUGCACUUGGAAAGAUUGGACAGACGGUCAAGCAAUACACAAUGAAUCCUAAAGCCAUGCCCAGGACACAGCUGCUUGGUCAAAUUGACAUGGACACUCGAGAAUGGUCUGACGGAGUUCUAACCAAUGCAGCCAGGCAAGUAGUUCGGGAACCAAUCGAUAUCCAGUCGUGGAUAAUCUGUGAUGGCGACAUCGAUCCCGAGUGGAUAGAAUCUCUCAACUCGGUCCUGGAUGAUAACAGACUCCUUACCAUGCCCUCCGGGGAGCGUAUUCAGUUUGGGCCAAACGUGAACUUCUUGUUUGAGUCUCAUGAUUUAAGCUGUGCAUCUCCUGCUACUAUAUCUAGGAUGGGAAUGAUCUUCUUGAGUGAGGAGGACACAGACAUCAAGGCACUGGUCAGGUCCUGGCUUCAAAACCAAUCUGAAGAAGUAAGGCGUGUCCUGGAGCCGUGGUUAGAAGAUUACUUCUACAAGGCUCUAGACUGGGUGUAUAAGCAGAACGACCUGGUGGUAGAGACAACGAGGGUUGGUUUGGUGAUGAAUGGGUUAUCUCACAUGCAUGGUGUACGAGUCAAGCAACAGUUCGUUUGUAGUCUUAUUAGAGGACUAGGUGCUAAUCUGUCAGCCAAUAGUCAGACCUCCUUUGCUAAAGAAGUUUUCCACUGGACACACGAGAUGCCACCAGACUCCAAACGACCUCUAGAUACCUACUACGACCCAGACAAAGGGCGGUUGAUGUCUUAUGAACUGGAGGUACCUGAUUCCCUGUCUGUGGAAGACUUGACAGGUCAGAACAGUAGUCCUGUCAUCAGGACGGCUGAUAUCAAGCGAGGUCUGGACCUGUUUUCUCCAUGGCUGCAGAAUGAUAAUCGACAGUCUUUCCUUCUCGUGGGACCUGAGGGAUGCGGCAAAGAGUUACUACUGCGAUCUUGUUUCGAGCAGCUCCGUUCAACCCAGGUGGCUGUCAUCCACUGUAGUGCUCAGUCCUCCCCCAAACACGUCUUGCAGAAGCUUCAACAAAUGUGUAUGGUCAUUAGCACCAAUACUGGUCGUGUCUAUAGACCUAAAGACUGUGAACGAUUAGUACUCUACCUUAAAGACCUCAAUCUACCCAAACCUGAUAAGUGGGGAACAAGUCAGUUGAUAGCUUUCUUGCAACAGGUGAUAACCUAUAAGGGUUUCUAUGAUGAUAAUCUAGAGUGGGUAGGACUAGAGGGUGUUCAAGUAGUUGCUUCCAUGAGUGCUGGUACAGGAAUGGGAAGACACAUUAUCACUACAAGAUUUACAUCGAUCGUUCGAGUCUGCGCUAUUGGGUAUCCCGAUCGUAACCAGCUGCAGGCCAUAUACGGUGCUUACUUGUAUCCAGUACUGAACAAAACAUUAAGCUCUCAUCCUGUGUGGGGAUCUAUCAGGAACAUCCAGACUUUAGCUGGUACCAUGGUAUCUGUAUAUGAACAGACUCGCGCCAAGUUCACCGUGGACGACUACUCGCACUAUCUAUUCACCCCACGUGACUUAACUCUGUGGGUCCUAGGCCUACUCCGGUAUGAGGUAGGCGUAGAAGACACCUCAGCUAAUCAGCUGCUAGAGGUUUGUGCCUAUGAAGCCAGGCGCUUGUUCCGAGACAGACUGGUUGGUAAAAAGGGACUGGACAAAUUUGAUAGCAUACUGGCUUCUCAACUACGCUCUGAUUGGUCAGUAUCGUUUGAUCGAUUAGAAUCAACAUACUUCGUUACCUGGGGUGCACAUGUGACUCUUCCUCCCAGUGGAGAACCCGGCAAGGCUGAAGGGAGCGUUUCUACUAUUGGGGGUCCUUUGCCUUCUUAUGGAAGAAAACUGGGUAAACUGGAACCAAACGAUUUCAAGCAAGUCAUAGCUAAAGGAAUCAAGACUUACGCUCGAGAAAACCGUGAACUAGAGAUCCUGAUGUUUAAAGAAGUCCUGGACAACAUUGCCCGUGUUGAUCGUACACUAACGUUACCCGGAGGCUCACUACUAUUGGCUGGACGAAGUGGCGUGGGACGAAGGACAGCGGUAACACUAGUAACGCACAUGCAUAACAUUGAAGUGGUCACUCCUAAAGUCUCGCGCUCCUAUGGACUUAAACAGUUUAAGAACGACCUUAAGUUGGUGAUGCAGAAAGCAGGUAUAGAAGGAGAACAGAUGGCCCUGAUACUGGAAGAUCACCACCUGGUAGACCCUGCCAUGCUGGAACUAAUCAACAGUCUACUCAGUGCUGGUGAAAUCCCUGGCCUCUACACCCCUGAAGAAAUAGAGCCCCUCCUCUCCCCCCUCAGGGAUCAAGCAUCCCAGGAUGGUUUCCGUGGUAACUUAAUAUCUUACUUCGCCUCCCGCGUGUGUGUCAACCUACAUAUUGUAUUGAUCAUGGAUUCUUCAUCGCCCAGUUUCAAGGCUCAUUGUGAGUCUAAUCCUGCCUUCUACAAGACGUGCGCCUUCCAGUGGAUGGAGAGAUGGAGUCAAGAAAGUAUGCUGCAAAUUCCCCGCAUGCUGCUGGCUAGCGAAGGAGUAUCCACUAGUGGCGACGAACAAGCCAAGGGAGGCAAAGGAAGCAAGUUCAAGGGUGAAGACUUGGUCAAGAGUUUCCUGUCCAUCCAUGAGAUGUGCAGCGAAAAGGAUGCUGCGCCUCGUCGGUAUAUGACUUUCCUCAAUAACUACAAAGCUAUCUUUAAUGGCAAACGAGACGGUGUAGUUAAACGACAACAGCAUUUACAGGCCGGUGUAGCUAAAUUGACAGAUGCCAAAAACCUGGUGGCAGACCUGACUCAAAAGGCUGCUGAACAAAGCGUCAAACUGGCAGAGAAACAAGAAGAAGCUGAUACAGCACUGAGAGAAAUCACCGCCAGCAUGCAGCGAGCAAGCGAAUCCAAGAGCGAAAUGGAAACGUUGAAGCAAAAGCAAGGAGAAGAGUCGCUCAAACUCGAGAAAAGAAAGAAAGCCAUCGAAAUAGAACUGUCAGAAAUCGAGCCGCUUAUACAAGAAGCCAAGGACGCCGUGGGCAACAUCAAACCAGAAUCCCUGUCGGAGAUACGCUCACUGCGCAUGCCUCCAGAUGUUAUCCGGGAUAUUCUUGAAGGUGUGCUAAGACUCAUGGGUAUUUUUGAUACAUCUUGGGUCAGCAUGAAAAGUUUCUUAGCCAAGCGCGGAGUGAAAGAGGAAAUCUGUUCAUUUGAUGCUCGCAAGAUAACACCAGAAAUAAGAGCAAGCGUAGAAGAACUGCUCACAAAGAAUGCCAACUCCUUCGACCCCAAGCUUGCUAAACGAGCCAGCUCAGCUGCAGCACCACUUGCAGCAUGGGUCAAAGCUAAUGUCAAGUUUUCAAUAGUACUGGAGAAGAUUGAACCCCUUGAGACCGAACAGUCUCAGCUCCAGAGAAAUCUCGAGAAGUCUCAACAAAGACUAGAAAAACUCGGACGAGCUCUUGAUAAAGUUGAUCGUGAAGUAGCAGAAAUGAGAAAAAGGUUUGAGCUACGAACACAAGAAGCUACCCAGCUUAAGAUGGAUCUUGACAAAGCUAAUGAAACUAUCGCUGCUGCCGGAGCACUUGUUAAUAAACUGGAUGGCGAGUUUAAUAGAUGGACGGGACAGGUUCACGAGUUGACUUCAGAGCUUGAACAGCUUCCACGAAGAGCUCAACUUGCAGCUGGAUUUGUGACUUAUCUGAGUAGUGCACCAGAAGACAUUCGGCGUGACACUAUGAUCAAGUGGUGUGAGAACAUAGGACUUGAUGGCUUUGACUUCAGGCGAUUCAUGAGCACUGAAAGUGAACAGUUGGGAUGGAAGUCCGAGGGUCUACCGUCCGAUGACUUAUCGAUUGAAAAUGCGUUGGUCAUUAUGAAGAGCGCAUUGCGACCGUUUUUGGUAGAUCCAUCAUCACGAGCUACAGACUGGCUGAAGACCAACCUGAAAGAUCAACGACUUGAGGUCAUAAACCAACAGGAUUCUAACUUCUCUACCGGGUUGGAAUUGGCUGUGCGAUUUGGCAAGACUCUUCUUAUCCAAGAGAUGGAUGGUAUUGAUCCUGUAUUGUAUCCCAUCCUACGGGGAGAUCUUAUCAGUCAAGGUCCACGGUUUGUUGUUCAAAUCGGAGAGAAAGUGAUUGACUACAAUGAAGAUUUCAACCUUUUCAUGGCCACAAGGAAUCCCAACCCUGACCUUCCUCCUGACGCACAUGCUAUUGUAUCCGAGGUGAACUUUACUACAACAAGAGCAGGCCUCACAGGACAGUUGCUUGGUAUCACCAUCCAACACGAGAAACCUCAACUUGAAAUCAAGAAGACUGAACUACUGAGGAAAGAAGAAGAACUGAAAAUACAACUGGCAGAACUAGAGGAGUCCUUGCUUGAGACCCUUGCCAGUGCAGAAGGGAACAUCCUGGAGAACAAGAACCUCCUUGAUUCAUUGAACAAGACCAAGGCUAGUAGUAUGACGAUUGCUGAGUCAUUACAAGAUGCACAUCGUGUACAGACCACCCUAGACCAGGAAAGAGACGCCUAUUUACCACUUGCCAAGACUGGAAGCACCAUGUUCUUUAUUAUCAGUGAUCUUGCCAAGCUUAACAACAUGUAUCGAUUUAGCUUGAGCUCAUUCCUGCGACUUGUGGAACGAUCUCUCGAGACAAGGAAGGAUUCUAGUAACACUGAGUUCCGUAUCAAAGCCUUAACCAGCUCGCUACAGUCUUUAGUCUACGAGUAUGUCUGCAGAUCUCUAUUCAAGGCUGAUCGUCUGAUGUUUGCUCUUCAUUUGGUUCAUGGUACCCAUCGUGACAUGUUUGAAAACAAGGAAUGGGAGUUCUUCUGUGGAAUGGUUGUUUCCGACAUGUUCAAACGACAGGAAUCGAUGAAGAACCUGCGAGAAUCGCUACCACAUUGGAUCGAAUCAGACCGGGCAGGACCCGUCAGCUCGUUCAAAAACACCUUCCCCAGUGUCUACGCCAACCUGCAGUUAGAAAAUUCAGACUUGUGGACUUCGUUUGCUCGUAGUUCUCAGUGUGAGCAAGAAUUCCCACCUCAGGUCGCCAAGAAGAUCAGUUUAUUCCAACAAGUUCUUGUUGUACAAGCUCUUCGUCCUGACAGGCUUCAAAGUGCAAUGAUUAUGUUCGCUUCAAAGGCUCUAGGUAUAAAGGAGUUAUCACCUCCUGCUCUGAAUCUAAAGCGUCUUGUCAAGGACACUGUACCUGGUGAACCCAUCCUCAUCGUCAUCUCACCUGGUGCUGACCCGUCUCAGGAAUUGCAAGAAUUAGCAAGUGAGGUGGUGGGCAUUGAUAAAUAUCACCAGGUUGCCAUGGGUCAAGGACAAGCAGACAUCGCGCUGCAGCUGUUACAUGACUGUGCAAGAAACGGUGAAUGGUUAUGUCUGAAGAAUUUACAUCUGGUCACAUCUUGGUUACCAACACUUGAAAAGGAGCUCAACUCCCUUGAACCUCAUGAGAGUUUCCGUUUAUGGUUGACAGCGGAGAGUCACCCUAAGUUUCCUACUAUUUUAUUGCAAUCAAGUCUGAAAGUCACGUAUGAGGCUCCUCCAGGCACCAAGAAGAAUCUUCAGCGUACCUACGACUCCUGGGCACCAGAAUACAUCAACAGAGGCAACUCUUCCAUUCGUGCCCAGGCUCUCUUCGUGCUCGCUUGGUUCCAUGCCAUCGUACAAGAAAGAAGAAACUACAUACCACAGGGAUGGACCAAGUUCUACGAGUUUUCUUUCGGAGAUCUGCGUGCUGGUGCUGAUAUCAUCGAUAGGUUGUGCACUACCGCAGGAACUGGUCCCGUGCGAUGGAAGUUUGUUCAUGGUCUGUUUGCUAAUGCUAUCUAUGGUGGUCGUGUUGAUAAUACUUUUGACCUCAAGGUGUUGGAAUCAUAUCUGCUUCAGUACUUUGACCAGACUGUAUUCCCAGGACAGGGUAGCAGCCGUUCACGACCAAAGAGAGUAAUACCAAACGUAUCUUUACCCACUUCAUGUCAUCACAAGGAUUAUGUUGAAAUUAUCAACUCUUUGCCUGAUGAUGAUAAACCUUCAUUCUUUGGUCUGCCUGCGAACAUCGAAAGAUCUUCCCAGAGGAUCAUCAGUUCUCAGGUGAUUGGACAGCUUAAAGUCCUGAUGAGGUCUGAUGUAAUUGCACACAAGUUUGAUAAAGAAAAAUGGUCAGUCGAAUUAUCUCCCAUCUUGAAUCUGUGGAAGAAACUAAACCAGGGCUCACAGCUAUUACAGACCAAGAUUUCUACACCUUCAGAGACUGGGUCCGAAUCCCCCGUGACGUCAUUCGUUCUUCUUGAACGCUAUAAUGCCAUAUCACUAGUUCAAACAGUACACGCGUCUCUUGCUGCACUAAGUAAGGUCAUUCGGGGUACACAGUUACUAAGUUCUGAGGUGGAGGCGUCAGCUGGUUCUCUGCUCAAACAGGAGGUUCCUCUAGAGUGGAGUAACAUCUGGGAAGGCCCAGUAGAUCCAGUACAUUGGUUGCGAUCUCUAGUCUCCAAGGCUCUUGCUUUAGGGUCUUGGGUAGAAAAGUGUGAAGCCAAGACAUUACUUAAGGAGGAGAUAGAUCUGUCGGAACUUUUCCAUCCAGAUACUUUCCUAAACGCUUUGCGACAACAGACUGCCAGGGCCAUGAAGACCUCCAUACAUAACUUGAAGCUGUGUGUGUCUUGGAAAGGAAGCAUUCAUGGAGCUAAAUAUCCCGUCAAGCUUGGUGGCUUGCAGCUGGAGGGAGCUUCCUUUGAUGGCAACUCGUUAGUAGAGAAUCAGCGUGAUUCACCCAGUGUGUCUUCCAUUCCAACAGCGACAGUAGCCUGGGUUGUCAAGGACACGCCUGAUCCGUAUCCCCAAAACGAAUGUAUCUCGGUACCUAUCUACUACAACUCGGAUCGAGACCAGAUCGUAUCUUGCUUCAACAUGCCUUGUGGAGCCAAUCAAAGCCAAUGGGUUCAGUGUGGAGCUGCUCUCUUCCUAAAAAGCCAGUAAUCCAUAUCAUCACUAGACAAGAUAGAUAUAUAGACAUGCAUGUGAUUACAUUUGGGGUAGCACGCAUCGCAUAAACCCAAACAAUAAUCCUUUUGGUCUUUAAAGUAGUGUUUCAUUGAGUGCAAGUUUAUUGUUCAACAUGGAUCAUAAAUAUUAUAUAUAUAAAAGAAACAAGUGAUAGCUAAAGAGA